AUGACUCAGCCGGCGCCCAAGCCUCCCGCGGGCCCCGAGGAGGAGGCGGCGGUGGCGGUGGCGGUGGCGGUGGCUGUGGCGGCGCCCAAGGGGAAGGGCUCGGGGCCGAGCGCCAGGAAGGGCAAGGGGCAGAUCGAGAAGAGGAAGCUGCGGGAGAAGCGCCGCUCCACCGGCGUCGUCAACAUCCCGGCCGCCGAGAGUCUAGAUGAAUAUGAUGAUGAUGAAGCAGGACAGAAGGAGCGUAAGAAGGAAGAUUCUAUUACCCUGCAGAAUACAAUGCAAAAUGAGUCUGCCAGCACAGACCCAGGGAGUUCAUACUUAUUGCAGGACUCCUCUAGGAUGGUUUCAAGCCGAUAUAAAAGCACAACUAAUGCACCUGAAGAUGACGUCCCAAAUCGAUAUUCCCGAACCGACAGGACAGGAUAUAGCAGAUGCAGCAGGGAUGCAAAUUCUUCUGGGAGCUCUGUACCAAACACUGUUUUGGAAAAGAGAAUUGAAGAACUUGAAAGGGAACUAGCAAAGGAGAAACAAGAAAAUGUGAGAUUAGUGAAGAUGACACAAGACAAGGAGGAACUGAUUGGGAAGCUGAAGGAAGAAAUCGAUUUAUUAAACAGAGAUCUAGAUGAUAUUGAAGAUGAAAAUGAACAAUUAAAGCAGGAAAAUAAGACACUCUUAAAAGUUGUUGGACAGCUGACAAGGUAGAAGAUUCAAGCCUCAGUGAGGAGAGAGAUUUAAAAACUACUGAUUGUAUGUUAUGGUCAAUAUUAUAAUAAUACUUCUUAUGUUGCAGUAUGUUAAAAUAACUGUCUUUAUAUUUAUUACUAGAAAACCGGAUGGAUGUUUAUUUUCAUAAUGGUCUCUAUUUUGCUCAAGGAAAUGGCAUCAAUUUGUGUAGAUUUUUAACCUUACCUGUCACAUCAAGAAUAAUUAACAAUGUUGAUGUCUUUCAAAAUACUAAAUCCACGAUGGUUAUAUUCGGUUUUUGUAUCCUCAGAUUAUAUAUUGUCAAGUCACAAUAUUUUAAAAUCAGAGCACCAAGAUCACUUGUGGUCUAUGUGGGUAUAUAUUUUUUCUUGAAUGAAAAGAAAAAAUAGAAAUAAGCUUUGUUUACAUAGAUCCAAAAUAUAUAUAUUUGGGACCUAUUUGCUUUUUGUUUAAACAGCUGUAAAGUGCAGAUGCCUUAUUACUGAUGUGUAACAUUUUGCAGAUUGUUUUGUCCAAAAAAUCUUGUAUGUUGAGAUUUUUACUAUGUUGGAAAGACUGACAAUGGUAGUAUAGCAUUUUUCUUCUAUACUAGGGGAGGGGAGAUAAGUUGUUUUCUAAAAACUGUUUCAAUAAAAUACCUACCAUUAUUAAUGUUAAGGGUUUUUUAGUACCGUACUUAAGUUGUGCACUAUAAUAUAUCACAAUGCUUUUGCUUUAACAGCGAAAUGCAAGCUUACUAUCCUAUAGUAAGUUUGUUUUGUGUGUUUAGAACAUAAACAAAGCCUGGAGCUUUCUUUUUUGCAGAAGUAUUACAACAAUUAUAAUUUAAAUCUACCUAUUUUAAAUUGUUAGCGCUCAUAAUAACUGUGAGUAAUGCUUUUGAAAGCUGUGAUAAAACUUGCUCAUGUAUUUAACACUAAAAGGGAACUUUCAUAAAUUAUUCAGGCCCUUCCAGAACAUUUAAUGUAUGAAAUACAGAAAAAUUCAGCCCUGGUUGAGUAAAAGCUUGCGUAUUCACUUAAAUUAAGCCACUUACAACAAAACUACUACUUCAUGGUGCAAGAUGGCAUUUUCAUUGAAUAUAAAGCAUUGACUUCUGUUGUGCCUUGGACAGACAUUACAUUUGUGGCGCAGCAAAAGUCAAAUGGACACACGUGCAUAUCCCCUGCAGCACAGCAGAGAUUGACACUACAAAAAUGGUACCAGCUUCCCAGAAAUGAUCUGGUUUGAAACAGAAACUUCUCUGCAGCUCUGUGUUUUAUAGUUCUACAUGUAAUGUGAUCAGGUGCAUGUAGUGCUAUAGGGGGGUGGGGAGAAAGGGGCAGACUCUUGGUCCCCUCACAUCACAUUCUCCCUUCCCCUUUCUGCUCUGGGGCGGGGAUGGGGGAAUGGAGAGCAUCUGAUUCUCCUAUAGACCACCAAAAUCUGGAGCUGCACCUCCGCUCACCACAGUGAGCUGUCACAGCAGCAGCUGUUUGGAGACCCUGCUACAGCAGCUGCUGAUGCUGAGGCAUUGGGGACAACUGUCACUCCAGUAGCAGAAAAGACUACCAGGGCAGUGGGCUUGCAACAGCUCUCCAGGGUGGGGGCUGUCAGCAUCUGGUGUUGUCUGUCAUAGGGGUAGCAAUGAUUUUUCUCAUCAUCAGUCUCCCUAGGAGGGUGGCAAGCUGUCAGGUAGUGCGCCUCUAUCAUUGACAUAGCAGUUCAUUGCCUGCCAUGGGAGACUGACAGCCUGCCUAGUCCCCUGGUCCUGGCAGAGGAGAGGGCAGGCUCUCAGUGAUUGGGGUUACUGGCAAGCUGCCCUGGGGCCUGGGGAAGUGAGGAAGCAGCCUCCACUCAGCCUCUAGCUGGAAAGCAUGCCUUUGGUGCAACUCACCUUCCCCUCCCUUUUAGUAUCUUAAAAUGUCAACAUAUGAAUAAGUUAGGCUCGCCAUGUACUGACAUUUGCCCACAGCUUUCUUUUUGAAUUAGAAACUUUUUUAUGUUUAAUAGUAUUAAGCAAUUCUUGAAUUUUAAAUUCAGGACUUGCUACUCGUAUGAUGGAUGUUUUCUUUUUGCUCUGUGUAUUAAGUAGUUCUCAUCGGUUUUUAUAUUCUAAUGAGACAGCAUUAAUGUACCUCUGUGUACAUAUGCAUUUACAAUGCCCAACCUGAUCUUAGAAAUUCCCAUAAAUUGCACCAUGAAGACCCAAUAUUCCUUAGCUGAUAACCCCAAAGAUCUUGUAAGAUUUCUGGAAGGAGGUAUUUCAAUCACUGAAGUACUUUAUGGUAACUUGCAGUAUUGUUUGGCUCUUGUGAGAAGUUUUUUAAUCCUUUUCUAUAAAAUGAUACAUUGUGUAGAUUGCUAACAGUUGUCUAGCCAUUACCUUUUAACUUAACAAGGGUAUAGUUAAAAUCAACUGAAAUAUAAAGCAAGCUUUUAUUCUAAGAAAUGUUAUGGGGAUUGUAUUAACUGCCCAAGCAAAAAUGCUCUUUUGGAUCCUGAAUGGUUGACUUUUCCUCAAAUGCAACUGUUUACUACAGGACUGUUAAGAAUAAAUAUAAAUUAUGAAGACUUAAACAUCAGGGAUAUCCAAACUGAGCAAUAUGUUAAGCCCUAGAGUGAAAACCUACCUCAUAUGCACUGUUGUAUGUUUCCUAAGAUCUGGCUAUUUUUACAUUGAAGAUAACAUGCAAGAGGUUUGGAGGAUCACUAAUAUUCUAAUACAGAUUUUGCAGAUGAAUUCCAUGGGGAUUUCUGAACAUUCAUCUCUUAAAAAUCGGACCAAACUGCAGACUUAGCAUAUACAUUUCUCUGUAUUUUUACAUAAUGAAUGGCACAUGACAUGUUUUACAGUGGAUGAGUUCCUAGGCUUUAACUGCAUAUUGUCCUGAUAAUGCAGUGCGAUUUCUCCAAUAGCUCUGUGAUUCUCAAGUACUGUUGCUUACAUCCAAAGAUCUGAAGCUUAACACAGCAUGUUGAGGUUUGUUUCCAUGAAUGAUAUGCAUUUCUGAUUUGGAUUUUUCCCCAGAUAGAAACUGAACAGCACAUGCAUUUAUUGCCUUUUAAAAGAACUCAGGCAACUUAGUUUUCAUUAAAAAAAUUAGCUAGUCACCCCUCAGCUACUAGAGGUACUUUAUUACCCCAGAAAUACAGCCUAUAUUUUCAGAUUGGCAUUUUUCUAUCUUUAAAGCAAACUUUCCCCCUUUCUAUGAUGAGGAUUUGUAUUAUAUGUUCAGAUGUAUAUAUUUUUCUUUAGAUGUGGUUUGAAAUGGGGAGUAGUAUAUUUGAUAUUAAGUGACCUUAAAAUGGAUUUCUUGGUAACAAGAAAUGAAUAGAUAGCCUUAAUGUAUGAAACAGACUAAUAGUUUUUCAUUCAGCUAUAUAGAGAAAUAGAUGUAGUGUGAUUGAUUGUCAUAAACAUCAUUCAGUAUAAAGAACUUUGCAUAUAGUGAAAGCCAACCAAUUUUAAUCUACAUCAAGAUGCAUUUGGCUUGCCUAGUGUUACUGCAGUGCAGAGAUUUCUUGAAGAUCAAAUUCCUUUGUAAAAUUGACUGUCACGGUGCAAAGUGUAGAUUUCAGCUAUUAUUUUGGAGCAAGUUCUGUAAUCAAAUAACUCAGUAGUAACAGUCAAGUAGCUGAUUAUUGGGAACAUAAAUUAAGCAAAUAAGAUUUUUUUAUAAAUGUAGGCAUUUCCUAUCAGCCUCUCAGUAUUUCUUGAAUUCAAGGACUCAUCUUUAUGAAGAUGUCAGUUGUGUCAGUACAUUUUCGUCAGUAUUAAUAACCGAAACUGCUGGUGUCACAGACAAGAAAGAUGGCCAUUCCCAUUAAGAGAAACUGACAGGCAAACAGUGAUUUUUUUUUUUAACUGAUUCAGUUCACAGUACCAGCCACCAAGAAGGAAAUAUUUUAAAGCUAAAAUAUUUUUAUUAUAAGUUUUCAAAAACAAAGUAGAAAUUUGUACAAGUUAGCUACUAGGACAAGUAAAUUAACAGCAAGCUUCACUUUCACUACAGAUCAAUCAAUUCCCAAUCAAUUUUGGUGUCAAUGCUUCCUAGGGAUCACUUCUUUGUUUAAGCAUUUAUGUAAAACCACUUAUAUGUACGCAGGACACACGUGACUUAAAGAUGCAAUAAUUGGAUCAAGUCGUGAUUUUAAAAUGUGUUGACUUACUGUAAAUCACAUUAUUUGUGUAUCAUUUCUCAUACCACUGUAGAUGUACAUUAUUCUUUUGAUGUAGCUUUGUUGCUAUUAUUUUUGGAUUUCUGGUAUACUGUUCAAGGGCUGUGGUUAAGUGGGAUUUUUUUUUCUGGCAAAAUUGUUAUAGUUGGGUUUUUCAUUUAAAAUGUUUUCAUAGUCAUAAGCCAGAGUCUUUAUAUACAGUCAUUUUUAAAAUAUAAGUUUUAUGCAUUUUAAAAGUUGAAACAUCACCUAAUUUUAAGAACUAAAUAUCCAUUUUAUUUUUGAACAUUGGAUACAGCUGUUGUUUCCUAUCUUAUGGUAACAUCUGUUUCUAAAGUUAUGUUGAGAGACUUACUUUUGCAGGUAAAAAACAUGCCUAUUAAUCUAACAAUACAGACUGUGCGCCUUUUUAUCAAAAUAAAAACAAAAUGAUUUUUAA